AUGAUCGACAGAGUAGCUGAAAAUAUUCUGCGAGUUUCGGUAUGCGAUGAAGGAGAACUCGAGAAAAGCACGUCUCAUCUGAUAGGGUCCCGGAAGAUCGAGCCAGAGCAAUGGAUUACAUGGGCCAGCGAGUGCAAAUAUCUUCCAGAGUCCGAUGCUGUUGCUCUCUGCGCAACCUUAAUAGACCGUCUUUCGAUGGAAGCAAACGUUGUUCCAGUUUCCUCACCAGUUACAAUUUGCGGUGAUAUCCAUGGACAGUUUUACGAUUUGUUAGAGCUUUUCAAGACAGGCGGAACAGUUCCAAACACAAAAUAUGUCUUUAUGGGCGACUAUGUGGAUCGAGGACACUACAGUCUCGAAACUGUUACUCUCCUAUUCUGCCUACUUCUCAAGUACCCAAAUCACAUUACACUCCUUCGCGGAAAUCACGAGUCUCGAAGGAUCUCCAACGUCUACGGGUUUUACGACGAAUGCCAGAAUAAGUACGGACACGGAAAUGUGCACAAAUGGUUCUGCAAAGUGUUCGAUGUGCUUCCAAUCGGUGCUCUCAUUGACGAUUCGGUUCUUUGCGUACAUGGAGGACUUUCCCCAGAUAUCCGAACAAUCGACAGCUUGAUGCUGUUGGACAGAGCUCAAGAAGGUCCACUUUGUGACAUUAUGUGGUCGGAUCCAGAUGAUGAGGUGGAAGACUGGGUUAUAAGUCAACGAGGAGCCGGAUUCGUUUUUGGUGCGAGAGUGACAGAAGAGUUCUUGGUGAACAAUAAUCUCUCACUUCUUUGCCGAUCUCAUCAGCUUGUCGACGAGGGAUUCAAGUAUAUGUUUGGAGAGAAACUCGCGACGGUUUGGUCAGCUCCCAACUACUGCUAUCGUUGCGGAAAUGCCGCCGCUGUCUUCGAAAUCGACGGAAACAAGCGUUCAACCAAAUACUUCAAUGCAGUUCCAGAUGGAAAUCGAGAGAAACCAGAUCGCGUUGUUGCUCCGUAUUUCCUCUAA